AUGGCCCCCAGGUUCUCUUCAAAGCUGAUGUCACCAAGGCUCGCAUCAAGGUCCGGGACGGGAAGGUCGCUGAACUGGACGGAGAAUGGUGGGUCAACGUCACUUCCAUGGCAAGUGCCCAGUACGCACAGAGCCAAAGCACUGAUGGCAAUCCUAGCCACCCUGGCGCUCGCCCCAUUGCUGGGCUUUGUCACCCCCGCCAUCGCCACGAAGCACGUUUUAGUGGUCGAGAUCUUGCAGCAGGGAGCCACCUUGAUGGCGUUUACGCCAUUGAGGCCGAGGCGGGCCGCAUGCCGUGGAAUGGAAGAUGGUGCUGCAGUGGUUCGGCUGCUAGCCUUCCUGCUCAAGGCGCUCUUCACCACCCCAUCACCAUCCCUUUCGCCCACUCGCCCUACCUGCCAAAGUCAUCUUGGUGCAGCGACGCGCGCUGACGCGGCGCACCCAACCAAUGAUACCCCAGCAGCGCUCAAGGUGAGCGGAUGCCGCAGGCUCAACGCCCAAGAACACACGCCUUGCGCGCGAUCUGGGUAUGGAAAUUGGGGCCCUGGAAAAGCCAAGGAAACCAUCCGAUCUUUGUCUCGCUUAAAGCAGCUUUAA